AUGGAAAAGGAGAUUGCCAUGGAGACUGGAGCAGUUUCGGCCGCUUCUUGGCAACAAUUUCAUUUUGGGAGCACUCGACUGUCCCGGUUCCAUUGCCAUGCCUACGAGACCCAUCCCCAGUGCACUCUAUCCUUUCUAUCCACUCUUAUCCCACUCCAAUCCCCGCUGCAGUUACUGCUCCUCUGCCUCGCGGUCUGCACUUGGCGGACGCCCUCGGUCAGCGGCUAUCUGAACAUUUUCAUCAGCCACCACGAGGUGAUGAAACUGAUGGGACUCGAGGCGGACUUGUUCUAUGUGCACGAGGGAUCCAUCAACACGUACGCGAUGCACUUCACCGUCCCAGUGCCCGCGGACGUCCACGAACUGGAGUUCUCCUGGCAGAGUCUCAUCGCCUACCCACUGCCUUACGCCAUCAGCAUCGAGUACAGCACCGACCAGGAAGCUCUGGGCACGCCCACGCUGAGCAUCCCACACAAGGGCCUGGUGCCCCAGGAGAUCGAGUCCUUCCUGGUCUACCUGCCCUGCACGGGAAACAUCAGCCUGCAGCUGCCCGUCAAUGUCAACAUGGUGGUCCGAGCUCCUCCUCGCUACAACGACACCCGGCUCCACUUCAAACGCAACAAGAUCUGUACGAAAGGCAUUUCACCUGAGCCCAAUCAGUCGCCCGCCCCUGCCCACGCCCCAUCCCAGGGACCCGCCCUCCUGAGCGCCGCCGCCUGUGCUCUGGGGCUGGUUUUGGCCGUGGGCCUGGUGGCUAGCAUGAUGUAUGUGAGGGCACGCAAGCAGCUCCGCCAGGACUCACUACACACCAGUUUCACCACCGCAGCUUAUGGCAGCCACCAGAACGUGUUCAUCCGGCUGGAUCCCCUCGGAAGGCCUCCGAGUGCCACGGGGUCCUACGCCACCAUUGCCAGCCUCAACAAAUACCCGGCGGAGAGCAAGAAGUCGUGCAGCAUAUUCGACCGUUUCCGGAGCUCCCCCACUCCCACGCCCUACGCCACGGCCCUGCUGCCCAUGAACCACGAGCAGGCCGCAGAGACGAUUUACUCGAAGCCAGAGUCGAUCUGUCCCUCGAGGAUUUCCUACUACGCCUCCUCGCAGCUGACCCAGGCUUGCAGCAUGUCCACACCGAAAAGCAGCCGUGGCAUUGGCCAGUGUAAUAGUGGCAGUGGCAGUUUGAGCCUUUUCGGUGGCAUUGCCACUGGCAGCACCAUCACCAUGGCCAGUCAUGGCCAGGAGAAGGCCAACCAGCGUCUGCGUCGCAUACCCAGUGUCCAGCCGGGUGCCUUGAGCUACGAGGAGCUAGUUAAGGAGGGCACCUUUGGCCGCAUCUAUGCCGGCAAGCUGGGCGAGUCCUGUGAUGCCCUGGUCAAGACGGUCAUUGAUGGAGCCUCGCUCACCCAGGUGGCUUGUCUCCUGCAGGAUGCCUCGCUGCUGAUCGGCGUCAGUCAUCAGCAUAUCCUGGCGCCGUUGCUGGCCAAUACGGAACUGCCGGGUCCACCGGAGAUUGCCUAUCCCUAUCCGUCCAAAGGGAAUCUGAAGAUGUACUUGCAAAAGUCUCGGGACUCGAGCACUGCCUUGAGCACCCGCCAGUUGGUUGAGUUUGGCCUGCACAUCACCAAGGGCCUCGCCUACCUGCACUCCCUGGGUAUCGUCCACAAGGAUAUUGCCACACGCAAUUGCUAUCUGGACGAGGAUGCCUACGUGAAGAUCUGCGACAGUGCCCUGUCCCGGGACCUCUUCCCGGAUGACUACGACUGCCUGGGCGACAACGAGAACCGGCCACUGAAGUGGCUCUCGCUGGAGUCGCUCCAGAAGCGGGUGUACACCACCCAGGGGGAUGUGUGGGCACUGGGCGUUACCUACUGGGAGCUGGUCACCCUGGCCCAGAUGCCGCACGAGGAGGUUGAUAUAUUCGAGCUUACCAAUUACUUGGCCGCCGGCUUCCGGCUGGAGCAGCCCGUCAACUGCCCCGAUGAAUUCUUCACCGUUAUGAACUGCUGCUGGCACAGCGAGGCCAAACAGAGGCCGACGCCCUCGCAGCUGCUGUCGUAUCUGCAGGACUUCCAUGCGGAUCUGGGCAUGUACAUCUAAGCGAGAGGAAGGACUCAAGUCAAGCGACGAGCGACGAGCGAAGCCUAAGAUAAAUUAAUUGAAACUUUUGCAUUUUAAAUGUGAGAUUAAAUGUGAAUUUACCUGUUAGAGUUCGACGCAAAAACCAAUUAAAAUGAAAGCCCGCUAACUUCAGAUACGUAAGCAACACACGCAGAUACACACCUACACAAGGAACACAAUAGAACACAAUUGUACACCAAGGGUGGACCUCAAUGGGUUAAGUUGUAGGUAAAUUCAUUCAUUAACUUUUGGUGGCUCAUUAAAGAAAGGAAAUGAAGAAAGUCUUUAAAGUCUAAGCAAGAACAAGACAAAAGCCAAGGCCACACUGCGUAUGCGUGAUGCAAUUAAAAAGACAGGUCCCACCGGGCGGAUGAAUGAUGAUGAAAUUAUACUUGACCAAUUCACCAAUACUGCAUCACUAAGGACCCCACUGCGUAUGAGUGAUAUACAUUAAAACCCAAUCACUGUCCUUGAAGAACAAGGCCUAGGCCACACUGCGUAUGAGUGAUAUGCAAGAUGAUACAAAUUAUAUAAACAACUCAAUGCCCUUAAGCCCCACCUAGAACAUCACAAGUCAAACGGCAAUUGAGGUCCACCCAACAAAUAAAACAAACAGUUUAAGGCCAUCACUUUUCCAGUCGUUGAUAUAAGCAAAACUACAGAAAAUGCCUCUAGCACGUGGUUUAAGCAUAACGUAAAACUGAGCAUUUAAGUAGCUAGCAAUUGAAUAACAAACACUCAGACACACAAACACACAGAUACAGACCGUACAUGAUAAAUGAAUGUGAAUUAUUGAUGUGCAUAUUUUAUUGAAUGUGUGUAGUAGCAUAAGGAAGGGACAGGGAAAGAGUCCUUAGACGAAAGCAAGGAAGGAAGCUUAAGAAACCAAAAGGGGAGUUGAGAGGCGACAACAGGAUGCGGA